UCUAGACUGUGUAUACUGUUAUACAUUUGUGAAGAAACCCCAACAGCAACAACAAUGGCCGACCCUUCUCCUAGCGGUAUGCAGUCAGACGCCUACGCCGCGGACCACGGCCACUCCUUACAGCACCGCAAUGUCAACAAGGAAAGGAAGCUGAGCAUUGGCGCAAAACCCUCGCACGACGACGGCGAGGUGGUGGCCGCCGACGACCUUCUCGAAGCCAUGGGCUACAAAUCCGAACUGGUUCGCAAUCGCUCCACCCUUCAAGUCGCCUUCAUGUCCUUCGUCCUGGCCUCCAUCCCUUACGGUCUCUCCACAACCAUGGUUUACCCCAUGAUUGGCGGCGGUCCUGCCAACAUCAUCUGGGGAUGGUUCGGUGUAUCGCUCAUUAUCCUCUGCGUAGCCGCUAGUCUUGGCGAGAUCACCAGCGUCUAUCCUACUUCGGGUGGUGUCUACUAUCAGACCUGGAUGCUUUCGGCUCCUUCCUACAGGAAGAUUGUCUCGUGGAUUUGCGGCUGGUCUUUUGUCGUCGGCAACAUCACCAUUACCCUCGCCGUCAACUUCGGUACCGCCUUGUUUCUUACCGCCUGCAUCAAUGUCUUCGAGAGCGUCCCUGCCACCGAAACCGAGCCCGCCGUGGGUAUUUUCGAAGGCUCUGCCUGGCAGGUCUACCUCAUCUUCCUCGCCAUUACCAUUGUCUGCAACUUGGUGUCUGCCUAUGGUAACAAGUGGCUUCCGUGGUUGGAUACUUUUGCCAUCUUCUGGACUUUUGCUGGUGUCAUUUGCAUCGUCAUUUGUGUGCUCGCCAUUGCCAAGGAAGGCCGCAACUCCGCCAAAUUUGUCUUCACCGAAUUCGACCCAAGCAACAGUGGAUGGAUACCCGGCUGGUCCUUUAUGGUCGGUCUUCUGCAAGCAGCCUACGCGACAUCUUCGACUGGAAUGAUCAUCUCUAUGUGUGAAGAAGUUCAGCAACCCGCGACACAAGUGCCCAAGGCCAUGGUCGGAACCAUUCUUCUCAACAUGUGCGCCGGUCUCUUCUUCAUGAUCCCCCUCAUGUUUGUCAUGCCCGACCAGGCCACUCUCGCCGCACUCGCAUCCGGUCAACCCGUCCCUCCCAUCAUCAAGUCCGCCAUCGGCUCUUCCGGAGGAACCAUUGCUCUCCUCAUUCCGCUCCUUGUCCUCGGCUUGUUCUGCGGUAUUGGAUGCACCACUGCGGCUUCGCGCUGCACCUGGGCUUUCGCUCGUGACGGUGCCAUUCCCGGCUCUCAAUGGUGGAAAACCGUCAACGUUGGCUUGGAUGUCCCACUCAACGCCAUGAUGCUCAGUAUGGGUGUGCAGAUUAUCCUCGGUCUCAUCUAUUUUGGAUCGGCCGCUGCCUUCAACGCCUUCUCCGGUGUUGGUGUCAUCUGUUUAACUCUGAGCUACGCUUGCCCAAUCGCUGUGUCUUUACUCGGUGGUCGCAAGAAGAUUGAGCACGGCAACUUCUAUCUCGGAACCUUGGGUCUUUUCUGCAACGUGGUUGCUCUCUCAUGGUCCCUCCUCGCCAUCCCGCUCUUCUGCAUGCCCUCGGCCAUUCCCGUCACCGCCGAUCUCAUGAACUAUGCCUCAGUCGUAUUCUUCGCCUUCUUCGUCAUCGCUACCGCUUGGUACUACGUCUGGGGCCGCAAGAACUACCAAGGUCCUCCCACGCAAGAUGAUGAGAUUCUCCAGGCUCGCCGCUCCAGCGUCGUGAGCGCCGAGCACGGAAAAGUGUAA